AUGUGCGGUAGCGACGUCUUUCUCGGCCUCAUCGCCAUCCUCUUCCCACCCAUCGCCGUCUGGGUAAAGCGGGGAAUCUGCAGCGCCGAUUCCCUCAUUAACAUCGCCCUAUGCUGUCUCGGCUUCCUUCCCGGCCUCCUCCACGCCUGGUACAUCAUCGCCAUAACGCCCGAACCUACCUACGAACAACUCGCGCAACAAGACGCCGAGCGCGGCACCGUCACCUACUACUACGUCCAGUCGCAACCCGCAUACGCACCCCAACAGGGAGGCUCAUCACAGAGGGGCUAUGGAACCGUGAACAACAGCACCCCGAACUCGCAGUUCCCGGCGCAGCAGCAGGGUGUUGUCCCACAGCCCGCGCAGGCACCAAAGGCUGGCGGCUCGAGUGAGGAGGUGCCGCCAUCGUAUCAGCAGGCCGUGGCGGGGGACAAUAAGAUUCAGGGACCUUGA